GAAGGGUUUCCUGCCCCGUUGCGGCCGAGCGUGUCCCGUGCUUCCACCGUGGCAAAAGGCAUCCUGCAGUGCUCUAACCCAGGUCCUUGCAGGACCCGUAAGAAUAACUCCGGAGGGGUUUGCACUGGCCUCACGAGAGGCUGGUCCCGGUGCCCUUCGGGCCUCCUGGGCGGCCCUCUGAGCCCGAGCACCGGCCGCGUCUAGAACCCCGGACCCGCCGGCGAACCGGGGUGGGGGUGGGGGGUAGGCUCUGGACCCAUGGCGCCGCCCCGGGUCCCGCGCCUCGCCGGCGGGCAGGAAAAAACCCAGUCGGGACGAGGGAGGCCGAUCGCCGUGAGCUUCGCGGACGUGGCCGUGUACUUCUCCCCCGAGGAGUGGGGCUGUCUGCGGCCCGCGCAGAGGGCCCUGUACCGGGACGUGAUGCGGGAGACCUACGGCCACCUGGGCGCGCUCGGAUUCGCAGGCCCCAAACCGGCCCUCAUCUCCUGGCUGGAGAGAAAGAAGGAGGUGUGGAGCCCGGAGGCCGAGGAUUCCGAGGAGGGGGCGAGGCACCCAGGAUCUGGGCUAGAAAGCAAGAAAAAGAACGAACCCAGCAGCAAAAUUGGGGCCGAGGAGCUUGAGGAAGCCCCUGUGAGGAACGCGCCAGCGGUGCAGGCCAGGCUGGUUCCUAGUUUCAGGGACUUUCGCCAUCCAUUGCCUCAGCUGUCUGCACACACAGAGCAGCAGUGCACCCAGACUCCCAAGAGGCCCUACCCCUGCCUGGAAUGCAACCGUUCUUUCAGCUACCCCUCCCUCCUAGCCAGCCACCAGCGGGUCCACUCGGGGGAGCGGCCUUUUCCAUGUGGCCAGUGUGGACGUUGCUUCCGCCAAAGAGGCAACCUGGCUGUCCACAUGCGCAUACAUACAGGGGAGAAGCCCUUCUCCUGCCCAGACUGUGGGAGGCUCUUUGCCUACCCCUCCAUGCUGGUCAGGCAUCGGCGAAUCCAUUCUGGAGACCGUCCAUAUGUCUGUGGACCUUGUGGGGUUCAGUUCUCCCAGAGGGCUCACCUCGUCCAGCACCAGCUGCUUCAUACAGGGGACAAGCCCUAUUCAUGUCCAGACUGUGGCCGCUGCUUCCGCCAGACUGGGGCGCUGGCCAUCCAUAGACACAGACAUGGUGGGGAGAAGCCGUAUGUGUGCACUGAGUGUGGACGCCACUUUACACACCCUUCUCUCUUGGCUAUCCACCAGCGCACCCACACUAGGAAGAAGCCCCAUAUCUGUUCUGACUGUGGUCGGAGCUUUGCCUACCCCUCCCUCCUGACCAGUCACCAACGGGUCCACUCUGGUGAGCGCCCCUACCCUUGUACCCACUGCAGUGCCCGCUUUGCCCAGCAAAAUAACCUGCUCCAGCAUCAGCUCAUUCACACAGGGGAAAAGCCCUAUGCGUGCCCCGACUGUGGCCGCUGCUUCCGGCAAAGCGGCUCCCUGGCUAUCCACAGACGCACACAUACAGGGGAGAAGCCCUACUCCUGCUCCGAGUGUGGGCACCAAUUUACCUCUUCCUGUGUCCUCAAUAGCCACAGACGCAUCCAUUCUGUUGAGAGGCCCUUCCCUUGUUCCCAGUGUGGGAAAACCUUUAAACGAAAGAGUGCCCUGGAAGCCCACCAAUGGAUCCAUCGUACAGGCGGGACAAGUCAGAGGGGUGACAGACCUCUGUUACCACCCCCAGCCCAGGCUUGUGUCCCUGAGGGUCAGGAACCGUCCGUACACUUCCGACAUUUUCCCGAUAUGUUCCAGUAGUGUGAGUGUCUGAGUAAAGCAGUGUGAAGGAACAAAUGUUUUAAGGUUCUCCCUCAUCAAGUGUUGGGAAGGAGGUGCACAGAGGGCAAGGGAUAGGAGAGGGGAGAAAAAGGGAAUCAGGCAAAAUGGAGAUGGUGGGGGCUGAGCCACAUCUGGAAUCUAUGCAAGACCUGGGAGCUGAGAGGCAGGACAUCCGGAGUGAAGAACCUGUCAGAAAAAGCAUGAGACUCCUUCAGUCCGCUCCCAGCCCGGACUGCUGACCUCUGACCUUUCAGCUCCGGUUUCCCCUGACUGUAGAUCUCAGGAGAACAAACCUCCUUGGACCAGGAGCCAUAAUGUAAGAGGAGGAUCAUAGGCUUUGAACCAGUUUAUCCCAUGUUCAAUCUUGGCUCAUCCCUUGCAUCAUCAACAUCUCUCUGACUAUAAAAUGAGUACAUUAAUACUGCUCCCGAGGUGGUUGUGAGGAUUAAAUAAUAUAUAUUCAGUCA